UUUGUUUGUGUUGCAGCUUUCCGAGAGACAACAAUUCAGUGAAGAUGAGACCAUGGUCCCGGUACUAACCUCCAGAAAAGCCAGCGAACUCCCCGUCAACGAAGUAGUUUGUGUCCUGCAGGCGGACCUGCAGUUGGGUCUGACCCGGGACGAGGUGAGCCGGAGGAGAGCCUACCACGGCUGGAACGAGUUCGACAUCAGCGAAGACGAGCCGCUAUGGAGGAAGUACAUCUGUCAGGUAACAAGCGCAUCACUUUUAAUGGAGUCUGUAAAGUUCAGACCAAUGACAAGAGGCUGU